AUGAGCGGCAAGGCAACCGUUGUCCUCGGCGCCCAGUGGGGUGACGAGGGAAAGGGAAAGCUGGUUGAUGUGCUUUCUGCUGAUGCGGACAUCUGUGCGCGCUGUGCCGGCGGCAACAACGCUGGCCACACCAUCGUUGCGCCAGGUCCGGAUGGCAAGAAGACUACGUUCGCUUUCCACCUAUUACCGAGCGGACUUGUCAACCGAUCCACAGCGGGCCUGAUUGGCGCCGGCGUUGUUGUUCACAUUCCUUCGUUCUUCGAGGAGCUCGAUCAACUGGAAGCUCAAGGUCUUGACUGCACCGGUCGCUUAUUCGUAUCUGACCGCGCGCAUAUCGUCUUCGAUUUCCACCAGAUUGUCGAUGGGCUCAAGGAAGUUGAGUUGGGCGCUAAGAGCAUCGGAACGACCAAGCGCGGCAUCGGCCCGGCCUACUCGUCGAAAGCUAGCCGCUCCGGCAUGCGUAUUCACCACUUGUUCGACCAGGAGACCUUCGCGCUAAAGUUCCGCAAGCUCGUCGAGGGACGCUUCAAGCGCUACGGCCACUUCGACUACGACACUGAAGGCGAGAUCGAGCGCUACAAGGCUCUCGCGGAACGACUGCGUCCGUAUGUCGUGGACUCGGUCGUGUACCUGCACAAUGCUCUUGCGUCUGGAAAGCGUAUUCUGGUCGAGGGCGCGAAUGCGCUCAUGCUCGACAUCGACUACGGCACAUAUCCUUUCGUCACUUCUUCUAGCACUACCAUCGGUGGCGUAUGCACCGGUCUUGGUCUUCCUCCUCGCGCUAUUGGACGCACGAUCGGUGUCAUCAAGGCCUACACUACUCGUGUGGGAGGCGGACCUUUCCCGACUGAACAACUGAACGACGUAGGCGUGCACUUGCAAGAGGUCGGGCGCGAAUUCGGUGUUACGACUGGCCGUCGUAGGCGUUGUGGCUGGCUGGAUCUCGUCGUCAUGAAGCACUCUUGUCUGAUCAAUGGCUAUGACUCGCUCAACCUCACCAAGCUGGACAUUCUGGACGACCUCGCUGAGAUCAAGGUCGCAGUGAAGUAUCUCGUAGACGAGAAGGAGCUUCCAGGAUUCCCUGCUGAUCUCGAUGUACUUGCGAAAGUCGACGUCGUCUACGUCACUCUCCCUGGCUGGAAGUCUAGUAUCGCUGAGAUCACGUCGUACGACGCGCUGCCGGAUAACUGCAGGAAGUACAUCGAGUUCAUCGAGAACUUUUUGAACGUGCCUAUAGAGUACAUCGGUGUUGGUCCCGGGCGUGAAAGCAUGAUCACCAAGCCGCUCCGCAGCUCAUAG